CGCGGGGGGUCCGGUAUAAGAAGGUCCCACCCCCGAGCAGCGGUCAGUGCCAGCGAGUGCAGCGGGCUCGUGGACCCACCGCACACGAGCAUGCUGGGGAUCCUGUUGCAGGUUGCGCUGGCGCUGGUGGCGGUGUCGGCGCUGCCCGCCGGCCGCAGCCCCGGCGUCCAGGACAGCCCAUCGCCGUACCCCAACGAGCCCGCCCUGGCCAUCGGGAUGUUCAGCGGCUCCGGGGUGAAGCGGAGGUCGGCGCGGCAGUCGGCCCUGGACCAGGACUUCUCCGCCAACGGGUUCGACUACGCGGAUGGUGACGGUGCGGUGGAGCGCUUCAGGCGGCAAACGAGACCCGGGCUCGUUUCUCCCUUCGGGCAGACCUCUGACGUGGAGGACGAGCACCGCCUGCGCCGGGAGGACACGUCCUCGGACACGUCCUCGGACAUCUUGACUGGUGAGGUCGCGGCCAGGGAGCGCGAGGGCAGCGGCCAGCAGGCGGCCGACGUGGACGGGGCCCACUUCACAGCGCCCCGCGAGAGGCGUGCGGACGACGCGUACCCUGAGGAGGACGACGAGGACGACGUCGAGCAGGACGACGCGCCGAGCCGAAGGAAACGUAGCCCCGACGAUGACGACGAGGACCACGACGACGACGUGUAUCGUGACCUCGAUGACCCCAAGUUGCCGUCCUGGGCGCGGGGCAACAGCAGGGCGAGAAGGCAGACCGACGAUAAGGUCGUCCAGGAGGGCAUCGCGGAUGAUGAUGAUGAGCCGGUGAUGUUGUGGGCCAGGAGCGAUGAUCGCGCGCGCCGACAGGCGGACAAGGAUAUUUUUUCGGUCCCGGGCAGUGACGACGAGCCAGACUACCUGAGGCAGCGGCGGGAGGGUGACAACACGAUGGAAGCCUCGACGGGCUUGCCCAGUGUGACGGAGGCCUCGCCAGGCUUGUCCAGCGUCACGGAGGCAGAGCAUGCCGUCAUCACCACCUCGCCCAGCAGCAGCAGCAGCAGCUCGGACAGCUCGACCGCAAGUGGCGAUGCCGUCGAGAGUUCGUCGGAUGUCGCGGACAAGCCUGCCGGCGAGGAGGCUCUGCCCUCGACGGCGUCGACCCUGUCGGGCAUGCAGGUCAGCAAUGACAAACCAACUGUUGCCGCUGAGCCGCAGGAGCCAGCAACCGUCACCAUCUUGCUGACCAGCACCGUUGCGACCAGCGCAGCGGGUGACAGCAGCGCUCCCAGCAGCUCGGCCGCCGUUCUCUACGCCAUAGUACAGAACCCGGACAUAAGCAGCAGCAGUAGCAGCAGUUCGGACUCAUCGGACUCAUCUUCCAGCAGCUCAAGCAGUUCCAGCAGUUCCAGCAGCGCCAGCAGCUCCAGCGAGGACCACAAAAAGCGCACGAUCCGUUCCGAAUCUGCGUCGAUAGAAUCCCAGGGCUCGCUGGAAACCGGCGCCGCACCCUCGCGACCGAGGCGCUCCCCGCAGCGCGGACGGUUCGACGGCUACGUGCUCUCGGACUUCUCCGGCUUCCGCGUGGGCCGCUCGGCCCGGGCGCGCCGCGACGCCCCGUCGGACGCCCAGGUUGUCAAGACUCUGCUGGAGGCCCCCAUCGACGAGUCCAUCCUGGGCGAGCUGCCCGUGCGCCGCGCGCGCCAGAUCGUCGAGCCGCUGCCGCAGCGAGAGGACGGCGUGCCGGUGACCUUCCUGGUGCCGCUCGCCGCCUCGACGCCGAGCCAGGGGAUGAGCGGCGACGCCCCGCAGGAGCCGAUGGUGAGCAGCGGCGCCCCACAGGACCCGAUGGUGAGCAGCGGCGCUCCCAGCGCGCCAUCUGAUGCCCCUAGCCCCGUCGGGCAGAAGGUCCUCCAGAUCUACACGGUGCACAGCUCGUCGGAAGCGCCCGUGACCACAACCCCCGCCCCCGCCUCUGUCCCCGUCGUGCCCGUGGUCCCCAUCCUGGUCCCCGAGGCUGCCGUCAGCAACAUUCUGGCGCCCACCCUGGACGCGCACGUUGAUAUCGUGCUUCCUGACAACCAGGACAAUGCGAUGAGCGUCCUGCAGCCGGCCGUGGUCCUGCAGCCGGCGGUCGUGUCCGUCGGCGUGCCGUCGCAGACCCCACAGGAGCCGGACACACCCCGUCAGCAGCCCCCGCCGGCAGCAGCUCAGCAGGUCAUCUCCAUUGACGUUCCCUCGCCAUCAGAACUGGAGUCGGUGACUUCCCCCCUCCACGUCUCACAGGACACAGCUGCUCAGCAGGCCCCUCAGGGCCUUUCUCAGCAGAUGACAAUUUCAGCCGGCGAGGGCUCUCCCGAGCAGAACCCUCAGACUGUGCCGAGGCCCUUUGCACCGACUGAACCCGAGUCAGCGUGGGGCACAGCUGCCCAACAGGCAGAAAAUCGACCAAUUUUCUCCGAUCCACCAGCUCAACCCCAGGUUUCCUCAGUGGUCUAUCCACUUCCGGCUGCGGACAUGCCCGAUUUUUCGUCCUCGCCCUCCUUCCAGGGAGUCCCUCAGCAGUUUGGAGGUCCCCGCCUAUCGGCGCAGGCUGGCGCACAGGCUGCCACCGGGUGGGACGCCGCUCAGGGUGGCGCCCAGGUUGCUCAGGGGGCGUUGCCGCCGAGGCAGCACUUUGACACCGGCGUGCCGUGCGCAAGCAGGCCCGCAGGUCCUAGCGGCCCCCCAACCAUCGUCGAGAAAACGAUCCAAAUGUAUCCGGACGGAAGCUACAUGUACAGUUACGAGACUGCGGACGGAGUCCGCGUAGCUGAGGCCGGCGUCCUGAAGCAGGUCCCGGCCGCGGAGGAGCAGCCGGGAGGCGAGGCCGGCGGGGAGGCGCGUGCCCCGGGGACCAGGGUGGCCAACUCUGUGAGCGGUGGCUACAGCUACACCGCCCCGGACGGCACCUACUUCAGCCUGAGGUAUGUGGCGGACGAGAACGGCUUCAGGCCGAUCAUCGGGGAGCAGGCCGAGGAGCCCACGUCGGCGGACUCUCGCGUCGGAGCCGUCGAGCCAAUGAAGAAAGCGGCGUGAGCCCGUCGUUUUGGAUUUGAAGACUGAUCUGCACCGGCCAUCCCACGGCCUGCAUGUAAAUAAUAAAGAUAUAUUUUUUUUACGGAAAA